UUCUACAUUCACAUUUGUUCAAUUAUAUCCCAAUUUUUUUGGUGCAUAGCUGAUAAUAUCAGAAAUCUCAGUUACGGGUUUGCUUUCUGACCUACCGUCCCAGAAUCUCCUGCUACCUUUUACUUUAUGACGAUUUUCUUUGGGUCUUGAUUCUUAACGUUCCUAACGACAAAUGUUCACUUAAUUAUAAUCUCCAGAGCUUACGAUCAAGUGGAUGGUUCCUUUACGUUUCUCGUGACAAUUAAAGCUUGCAAGCGUGAUGGCAUCUACCAUGCACAGAGUCCACUAAUUAUUAGUAGUGGGCAUUGGAGGAUUUUGGUGCAAGACUUCAUCAUUCUCCUCAUGGCAUAUACAAUUGCAAUAUGCCUUCUUAUAUAUCCAUAUAUGGUGGUCAUGGGCACCCCAGCCUUCCAAGAUGCCGCAAGGACAAAUCUGAAUGCCGGAACCACUCGUUCCAAGUUCCUGUCCCGUCCAACAGCUGGCCGUUGGCCCCGCUAUCCACCACGCCUACAUUGCAUUUUGGAGGCAGAAAAUAGGCAGACAAGUUCAGGGGAAACUUACUCGUUGGAAGGAAUAUGUUCAUGUUGAGAGAAGCAAGAUCUUGGGUUGCUUUGCUCCGUGCUUAAGUCUUGUCUUCAAAAUCCAAAACCUGGUUGACUUUAUAUUCAUAGACAAUGCGAGUGGACAGUGCAAGGUGCCCAGCGGGGAUCUUUAUGAAGUGUUAUUUGUAAGCAGUAUUGUGUUGCAAGUCUUUUCGAUCCAGUUUCUAUAAACAUGGUGGGCCUAUGUCACAGCUUGCACGGACAUGACAUGUCAAGUCUAUCAAUUUUUCAGACACGGCAAAGAGAGUUGGAAGCUAGGGAUCGUAUCUGCUGCUGCUUGACACAGAGGCACAUGUCCCUUUUGGUGGGUAAUGAUGGUGUGCAGGUGGAUGUGAUGAUAGAUUGCCUCAUCUGGGGACUGAGACAUUCCAUCCAAGGCCGCCCAGUGUCAUGCUGCCUCACAUUCACAGCUAUCACCCCUGGCUGCUGCAAUAUUCCAUUUGUUUGCUAAUGUCUUGUGUCAAGAUGCCUUGGAUAUGAGGAUGUCCUGUCACGGAAGCUGCAGCUGCGAGCCCAGAUGCUGCCGCUGCCGCUGCUGCUGCUGGACGUCGUGCGCUGCCACUACUAUUAAACCCACCAGGAGAUGCACGCCCUCCUCCUCCUCUGCCCCCCCAUGCUCCUCGCCUGCCACCACCGCCGACUCCGGCCGCCGCCGCCGCCGCUCCUCCGCGGGCUCGCGCCGGUGAAGCAGAAGCUGCAGCCGGGAACCGUCGAAGCUAUGCUCGGCUCACUCCACCACCACCACUCCUCCUCCUCCUCCGACACCGACAACAACAAUGACACCAAGAACGGCAGCAACAGCAGCGGCGGCGUCCUCGCGGCCGCGGCGGCGCCGUCCGCGCGGGACCUCGUGCUCGCCUCCGCCGACCUGCUGCAGCGCGGGGACCUCCCCGCCGCGCGCCGCGCCGCGGGGGUCCUGCUGUCCGCAGCGUCCCCGCGCGCGGACGCCGCCGACCGCCUCGCCUACCACUUCGCCCGCGCGCUCGCGCUCCGGGCGGACGCCAGGGCAGCCGCGGGCCGCGUCGCCCCGGGCCUGGUGUCUGCCGCCGCGCGGCCGGCGUCGUCGGGCGCCUACCUGGCCUUCAACCAGAUCGCGCCCUUCCUGCGCUUCGCGCACCUCACGGCGAACCAGGCGAUUCUCGACGCCGUCGAGGGCGCGCGCCGCAUCCACAUCCUCGACCUCGACGCCGCGCACGGCGUGCAGUGGCCGCCUCUCCUCCAGGCGAUCGCCGAGCGCGCAGACCCGGCGGCGGGCCCGCCGGAGGUCCGCAUCACCGGCGCCGGCGCGGACCGAGAAACCCUCCUCCGCACCGGCAGCCGCCUCCGCGCCUUCGCGCGCUCCAUCCAGCUCCCCUUCCACUUCACGCCGCUCCUGCUCUCCUGCGCCGCCACCCACCAGCAGGUCGCCAGCGGGAGCACCACGACCGCUUCGAGCGGGGCCACGAGCCUGGAGCUUCACCCGGACGAAACGCUCGCCGUGAACUGCAUCAUGUUCUUGCACAAGCUGGGCGGGCAGGACGAGGUCGCCGCCUUCUUAAAGUGGGUGAAGGCCAUGGCCCCCGCCGUGGUGACCAUCGCGGAGAGGGAGACAAUCGGCGGGGGCUACGACCGCAUCGACGAUCUGCCCCAGCGGGCCGCGGUGGCCAUGGAUCACUACUCCGCGGUCUUCGAGGCGCUCGAGGCCACCGUGCCGCCGGGGAGCCGGGAGCGGCUGGCGGUGGAGCAGGAGGUGCUCGGCAGGGAGAUCGAGGCCUCGCUGGGCCCCGCCGGCGGGAGGUGGUGGCGCGGGCUCGAGCGGUGGGGCGCCGCGGCGCGCGCUGCCGGGUUCGCGGCGCGGCCGCUCAGCGCGUUCGCCGUGUCGCAGGCGCGGCUGCUGCUGCGGCUGCACUACCCGUCGGAGGGCUACCUCGUGCAGGAGGCGCGCGGCGCGUGCUUCCUCGGGUGGCAGACGCGGCCGCUGCUGUCCGUGUCGUCGUGGCAGUAGCCCACCGCCGCCACUGGCGCGCCUUCAUUCUACCUGCUGCAUGCACGUAUUCAUGCGUUGCCGGCGGCGAAGACGAAGACGGCCUAGGGUUUGCUCGCUCAUAGUCAUCACUACCGCAUAUAUAGAGCUAGCGUAUAUAUGAGCAUUGCAUUUUGUUGCAAUAAUAUUGGCUUCUUGUAGUAAGAUUAUCUCAUGGUGAUUUUGGAGGAUGCAUGAUCAGUUUGUUGGGUUAAUUGCAAGGAGGAAACCCUAACCCUAGCUAGCUGCAUGGUUAAUUAUUGUUUGCUGUUAAUGAUCUUUAGCUGCUUGGAUGGAUGGUUGGCUGAUCACUGUUGGUUAAUUUGGGGAACUCAUAGCUUUGCAUGCAUGGGGUGGCAUUGGAACAAGGGAUGAAGAGCUUGGCUCCUAAACUUGGUGAGGUUAGCAACUACUUCAACGUUCUAGAAUCCGCUCUGUUAGUUUAUCCUCCCAUCUUUUUUUUUCUUUUUUCAUUUCUCUCACUAGUUCAUGCUGGGCAUUCUAUACAGUUCUAGGGAGAUUUUGUCUAUAUGUUGGAGACCUAUUGCAGUAGCAUUAUUUGUUGAUUUUGAUGUGAGAGGAUCUGUUACUAUUGCCUGU